AUGGACUUUACAGAGAUCUACAGACAGUCAAGCCAGCUCGUCGCCUUCUCGCCUGGCGCCCACUUCAUCCUCAACGCCGUCGCUGACAGACUCGUCGUGCGCCGUGCAGAUUCAUUCCAGCUCACCCGCACAUGGCUCACAGGCCCGCCAGCACCCACAUCCCGACUCAUCAACCCAUCCCCCCUCCCACACCCCAUCUCCCACGUCGCCUGGUCCCCCGACUCUGAGUACAUCCUCGCCGCAUCCGCAAAAAAGGGCGUCGUCGACGUGUUCAAGCUGCGCGACGACGCCUGGUCCGCACGCAUCGAGGCUGGCGCCGAGGGUCUCCUCAACGCCAUCUGGGCACCCGACGGCCGCUCUGUACUUUGUUUUUCGGAGUGGGGGCUGAGAGUGACCGUCUGGUCCCUGACGACCGCAUCCGCUAACUAUCUACAGUUCCCGUUGCACCCAGAUCGAGCUUACGCCUUCCGCUCCGACGCACGCUAUUUCAUUCUCGCUGAACGUCACAAGUCAAAAGACACUCUUGGUGUAUAUGACACUGCAAAUGCAUACAACCUAGUCCGCCACUUUCCCCUCCCCACAUCAAACCUUGCAAACCUCGCCCUCUCCCCCACAGGCGAUCACCUCGCUGUAUGGGAAGGCAUACUCCAAUACAAGCUAUACAUCCUCUCCCUCGCUGGCGACAUCCGCGCCUCCUUCUCCCCUCAUCCCGAACCCGCUUUCGGUAUCCGAUCCGCUGCAUGGCAUCCAAAUGGCCUCUUCUUAGCAGUCGGAGGCUGGGACGACAAGAUAUACAUCCUCGAUUCCCUCACUUGGUCGCCUGCUGUCACCUUUGAGUUGUCCUCUAGGAUCCCAUCAGGCGCUACCCUAUGGCGCGAGCCUCCAAAUUGGCUAGAAGCGACGCAGGGUCGUGGGUUCCUCUCCUACGACAAACUCCCUGGCCCUCAGUCGCUCUCCCUGCUUCGCGUAGACCCUACGAAGCCACACCCGAAAACAGGCGCGGUGCAGCUGGAGUGGAAUAUCACCGGUAGCCUUCUCCUCGUGCGAUACGAAAACGUACCGACGGCGGUGCACAUCUACGAGUUUCCUUCACCCUCCUCAUCGGCAUCAUCGGCAACAACCCCCUUCAACCCUCGCCUCCGGUGCGUUCUGUCCCACACCCGGGCUGUCCAGGCAGCGCAAUGGAAUCCGGUGCGGAGAGGGAGCCUGGCGAUGUGCUGUGGUGCUGGGUGUAUGUAUACGUGGAGCGAUGAGUGGGUUGGGGAGGGAGAGGGGGAGAUGGGGGAGGAUGUGGCGGAGUGUGUGGGUAUUCCGGCUAAGGAAUUCGAAGCUAGGGAGAUGAAGUGGGCGCCGGAUGGGAAGGGUGUUGUGUUGAUGGAUAAGGAUAGGUUUUGCUGUGCGUUUGAAGUGGAGGAGGGGGAGGAGGGUGGGUGAUGGCGCAUAGAAUGUUGAGAAUGCUGUCAAAUGCUAAUGUAUGGUUCGUUGUACAAGGGUAGUUAGUGUCCACCAUCGAGUUUGGGCUUGUCAGUGUGCUUUGUGUGAAUGUCAUGUCAUGUUUCCAUU